AUGGAGGCGAAGUCGGCAGCGGGGAAGAAGCGGAACCUGAUAGUCCAGACGUGGGCGAGGUGCAAGUCGCUGGGUAAGGUAGCCGGCGGGUCGGCGGAGACGGAGGUGAAGCUGCGGCGGAGGAAGAAAAGGGGACAGGUGGCGCCGGAAGGGUGCUUCACGGUGUAUGUUGGGGAGGAGAAGCAGAGGUUCGUGGUGAAGACCGAGUACGCCAACCACCCCAUGUUCCGGGUCCUGCUGGAGGAAGCGGAGUCGGAGUUCGGCUACAACCCGGAAGGCCCGCUGCUGCUGCCCUGCGACGUGGCCUGCUUCUGGAAGGUCCUCGUGGCGAUGGACUCCGCGGAUGAGGAGGAGGAUGCAGCUGCUGCUGACGAAGGGGAGCUGUUUCGGCAGCUCAGCUGUGGCAAGUUUGCCGCUGCGAAGCGCCAUGGAUCUUAUCGCCAGUUCUGCCCUUCCCCCAUGCUCGCUCUCAACCGCCACGUUAAGUCCUACUAG